AGCAGGGUGUGAAGAUGGCGGACGAGGAGGCCGAGCAGGACCGCAGUCCUGAGAACGGCACCAGAGAAACUAUCGUGGAGCUCGGCCAACGCCUGCGAGAGCUGCGGGAAGUCGUGGUCCGAGAAAGCGGCGACUCUCCGACCCAAUCCUCCGUGGAGUACUGCCAAGAGUUCUGCCGGACUCUGCUGGAGUACGCCGCCCGGUGGAGGACGGAGAAAGAGCCGAUGGCGCUGGUGGAGGUGUACAUGGUAGCGCUGCUGAGCUACGCCCAGGCCUCCCCGUACCUCUCGCUGCAGUGUGACAACGUCCCCGUCGUGGUGGAGCGGCUCUCGCUGAGUUUUGUGGAGCUUUUGCUCUCCCUGAAGACGGAUGUUCCGGAUGGCUUAUGGAAAGAAUUCAAGUCAUGCGUGCAGUUUGCUCGCAGUGCGCUGCAGGAGCACGGCAUCAGCCAGCUCACCCAGCUCGCCGCUCUGUGCCGGCACGACGGCGUGUGGACCGACGCGGUCCUGCAAGGCCUCCUGUCCAACCAAAACCUUCCGACGGAACAAGUCGAGGAGUUCCUGGUGCAGGAGGGGCUGGUGCUGUUGGAAAUGAGAGUGAGGCAGAUAAUGAAGGAGAACCAGCCGGGCAGGGCUGCACCGCUGGCCAAGGUGUGCUCCGAGUGUCCCGCGUUCCAGGGGAAGGGCCUCUUCAAGCAGAUGUACCUGGUGUGCCUGUGUGCGACCUCCGAACAGGACCAGCUGAUGGACGAGCUUUCCAAGGAGGACUGCCGCGACGUGUUGGAGAUGAUCUGCAACCUGGAGUCGGACAGAGACGAGAGGGCGGCGUUCAGCUUGUGCUCGGCCUUCCUCACGCGGCAGCUUCUCCAGGGCGACACGUACUGUGCAUGGGAGCUCACUCUGUUCUGGAGCAAGCUGUUGAAGAGACUGGAGCCGUCGGAGGCAGCCUUCCUCGACAGAUGUCGCCAGAUGUCUCUGCUCUCUAAAACCGUGUAUCACAUCCUGUUCCUCAUCAAGGUCAUCCAAUCAGAGAUCGACAGCGACGGGCUGCCGGUGUGCGUUGAAAUGUGCGUGCGGGCCCUGCGGAUGGAGUCGAGCGACGGGACCACCAAGGCCACCGUGUGCAAGACCAUCUCCUGCCUGCUGCCCACCGACCUGGAGGUGAAGCGAGCCUGCCAGCUGACGGAGUUCCUCCUGGAGCCCACGGUGGACUCCUACUACGCCGUGGAGACGCUGUACAACCAGCCGGAUCAGAAGGUGGAGGAGGAGAACAUGCCCGUUCCCAACUCGCUCCGCUGCGAGCUCCUGCUGGUGUUUAAAACCCAGUGGCCUUUCGACCCGGAGUUCUGGGACUGGAAGACGCUGAAGCGUCAAUGUCUGGCGCUGAUGGGCGAGGAGGCCUCGAUAGUGUCCUCCAUCGACCUGCUGAACGACACCGAGGACCCCGAGGAAGAGGAGGACCUCCUCAGCCAGGAGGCGCAGGGGAAUCCCCCGGACCACAUCCUCGGCGGCACCUACGAGCCGAACGCCGCCACCGACAGGAGGAGGAAAAACCGGGAGAUGAAGAAGCUGCGAGAGAAAGGCUUCAUCUCCGCCCGCUUCCGUAACUGGCAGGCGUACAUGCAGUACUGCGUGCUCUGCGACAAGGAGUUCCUGGGCCACCGGAUCGUGCGCCACGCCCAGACCCACCUGAGCGCCGGCGUGUACAGCUGCCCGAUAUGCACGCAGUCCUUCGCCUCGAAGGACACGCUGCUCCCCCACGUGACGUCGCACGUCAAACAGUCGUGCAAAGAGCGGCUGACCGCCAUAAAGACCAACAAGAAGCUAGCCGACCCCAAGGCGGCGGCGGCGGCGGCGCCCGCCAUCGCGGCGCUGAAGUCGCAGACUGUCAACAAGGCCCAGCAGAACGUGGCCUCCGCGGCUCAGAACGGGGGCUCCGGGCGCAGAGCUCCGGCCAAAGCCCCCCGCCGCAAAGUGAGCGACGGCGACGACAACGUGUGCCCCGUCGGGAAAUGCAAACGGAGCUUCAAGUUCUUAAAAAAUUUGCUGGCGCACGUCAGAGCUCACGGGGACAACGAGGAGGCCAAGUCCUUCCUGGAGAUGCAGAGCAAGAAGGUGGUUUGCCAGUACUGCCGCCGGCACUUCAUCAACGUCACCCACCUGAACGACCACCUGCAGGUCCACUGCGGCGUGAGGCCCUACAUAUGCAUCCAGCUGAACUGCAAGGCCAGCUUCCUGUCCAACACGGAGCUCUUCCUGCACAGGAAGACGCACGCGCUCUUCAAGGCCAGGUGCAUGUUCCCCAGCUGCGGCAAGAUCUUCAACGAGGCCUUCAAGCUCUACGACCACGAGGCGCAGCACUACAAGACGUUCACCUGCAGCGCCGUGGACUGCGGGAAAGUUUUCCAUUCCCAGCACCAGCUGGACUUGCACCAGGAGGGGCACGCCCGCCAGGGGGAGGAGAGCGCGUCGGCUGAAGAGGACGCGCAGCCCGGCCCCUCCCUCAUCCAGCAGAUGCUCUCCACCCGCUCCCCCGUCAAACAGGAGCGUCUCCAGGGAGGCCCGGAGCCCGCCGAGAGCUCGCUGACGGGGGCGGGGGAGGCACCGGGACGGCGGCGAGUCGAACAGGAGACGGGCUCCGCCCCCCUUCGGACGAACGGCUUGAAUCAUUCUUUCAUUCGGCCCGCGAGGUCCCACUUCCCCGACCCGGGCGGCCCCGCCUCCUUUAACCACGUGAGCCCCCCCCCACGGACUCAACCAGUGCCUCCCUCUGAAGCCGAUUCAGCUCACGUGUCACACAGCUGUAAUGCCGGCGUCCCGCCCCCGCGGCCCCAGAUGUUCCCCGGCAGUUCAAACACCGGGUCGACCAGCUGCAGCUCCUACUCGCAGUUGCCGGGGCAACAAGGGCCGAUGCAUACUAUCCGCCCGAUGACAUUGUCCCAAAAGUCCGUAGAGCCGGCGAUGUCGCAGCCGCUUCCCCCGGCGGUCGCCCCUCAGCCGCCGACAGGGAACCGGCCGGCGGGCGCCGCCCCCCCGCCGGGCCACCGGGAGCGCUUCCACUGUCCGUUUGAGUCGUGCACGCGGCACUACAGCUCCCACCGGAACGUGGUCAAGCACAUGAGGACGCUCCACGUGGACUUUUACCAGCGGUGGAAAAUCGAUCGGAUUAAAGUCCGGGUAAGCUACGCCCCGGCGCCGAGCGCGGCGGCAGCGCCGCCGCCCGCCGGGCCGCUCGCUCCGGCCGCCGCGCCUCAGAGCCAGCCGCCCGCCGCGCCGGCGGUCCAGAGGAGGAACGUCAUCCAGUCGCCGCCUUACAUCAAUAUGGGCGUGCGGUUGAACUGCUCGGCCCUCCAUUCCCAUUCCCCGUGUCCCCACAGGCAGAAUGCGUCCCUGCUGAUGGAGAAGGUUUUGAAUCCCAUCGUCCUCUCGCAGCUGGCGGCGGCGGGGGGGAAGACGCCGUCCCACGGCCCGGCUGCUCAAAGUUGGCUCCCGGCUCCGGCAGGCGAACCAAAUAAAAACUGCGUCUCUUCCCAAAUCUACCCUUCCAGGAUGCAAGUGGUCUCCAGCGGUGCCCCCCCGCCGCCGCCGCUCGGCGUCCCACCCUGCUCUGUGAUUGGCUCGGCUGCGAACAGAGCGUCAGAGUGCCUGCAAUCGCCAAUCGUGGAAAAACGACCCCGGCCGGUUCUGCCGUCGCCCGAGUCCCUCGCCACGGCGACGUCUCCCCAAGCGCAAAACCGCGUCUCUCCCUUUGCGUCACAGAUGCAAAGCGGCUCGGCCUCUUCCUCCGGGGCGCCCGAGAAAAGCAAAUCCAUGCAAAGCGUCGCGCAGACGGACUUCCCCCCCGCCUCUCACAGCGUGAGCCAAAACAACCUCCAACCUCAGAAGGGCCCGCCCAUCCCUGCAAACCCCGACGCUAAACAGAAGAAAGCCCGGAGGAACAAAAGGGCCAAAUGGCCGGCGAUCCUCCGGGACGGGAAGUACAUCUGCUGCAGGUGUUUCAGACAAUUCGACAGCCCAAACUCCCUCGGGGGCCACUUGUCCAAAGCCACCUGUAAACAAUUCGAAGAGUCGCAGCUCGCCACCGAGCUGCCGGCGUCCUUCCUCGACCUCCUCAACUCCGAGCAGGCGGCGAACGUGGCCCGCCCGCCCGUCACCAACGGCCCCGAUUGUCCGCAGGAAGCCCCGCCCACGUGUGACGGCGGCGAGACGAACGAGGACAUUCUCAAGCAGAUCAUGGCGGAGUCCAACAUGUCCGACCUGUUCGUCAACGCGCCGGCUCCCCAGUCGCUGUUCGGAAACUCUUGCGCUUCCUUUUUGGCCGGCGAGCGCUCCGUGAUACGCCACACGGAGAACGUCGCGGCCCUUCGCGCGGCGCCGCUUGCGGGCAGCGGCUUCCCCGACCCGAUUCUGGAGGAAAAACCUCCCUGCGCUCUUCCCGGAAGCGAGAGGUGCCGCUCCGACGCGGCCGCCCCGACACCAAAUUCGAGCCCAGCGGGGCGGGCGCCGUUACCCGCUAGUCGGCCCGGCGAGAAGGCCGAGACGCAAAGGACGCCGUCGGAGCACGGCGUUCACAAGAGGCUGCGGGAGCAGAUCCUGUCCGGACACUUUCAAAAGAGAAACCGCUCGUGCCAUCCCGGCCACCCUCACGCCAGCCCGGGCGCCGCGUCCUCCGGCCCGACGAGCCCUCCCCCCGACGACCACGGGCGCCAUCGAAUGUUCCGCGAGCCGGAGAGUCCCGGGCCGGUCGCUCACGAAUACCCUCCCAUCAUCCCGGGGACGGCUGCGGAAAUUGAACAGCUGCUGCGGACGGAGAGCUUCACCCGUUUCAGAGAGGAGGAGGCCGCCGCCGCCGCCCCGGGCCCCGCGCCCGCCCCGCCCGACGGCGCCGACCUCGAGCCGGGUCAGUUAUCCGCCGGCCAGCACCAGUGGAUGGCGGAAAUCCAGAGUGCGUUGGAGCGGCUCGACUUGGUCCGAGAGACGUCCGAGCAGCUGUCGGCUCCCGCGCCGCGGGGUAGCAUCCCGGCGCCGGGCCUCGCCGCCGCCGCUCACAAGAACUUCAUCAAGCCGUUCGCCUGCGAGAGCUGCCUGUUCAGCUCGGCGUCCAGUGAGGCUCUGUGGAAGCACCUCUCCAAGAGCCACAACUACUCCAUCGACAUGGUCAACGCCGUCAAGAAGAAGUACGGCAUGUACGCGCCUUUCAAGUGCCAGCGAUGCAGCAAGCGCUUCACCCGCAACUCCAACCUGCGCGCUCACUACGGCUCCGUGCACAAGCUGCUGGCCAAAGAGAUCGCCGACCUGGACGCCAUGCGCCGAGAGGCCAACGCCGCCGCCGCUCUCCAGAAACACCUGCCGGCGCCGCCGCCCGCUUCCCUCCAGGACGCGUCGCAGGCGUUUGCGUCGCUCGCUAACACGGACGCAGCUGACCCCGAGUGUCCCGCCGACGGGCGCUUCACGGCCAUCAGGCCCCCGCAGCCCGCUGCCACGGACCGCCGAGCGCCGAGUCCGCCGCCGCGAGCCCACGCCGCCGUGCAGUCGCCGCCGCACUGGUCCAAUCAGCCACGCCACGGCGGGAAACCCGUUUGUGCCCCUUCGCCCAAAGUGCCCGCUCCCCCCGCCAGGCCCCCGUCUCCCGAGAGCCCACCGGCCAGGCCCCCGUCUCCCGGCGGACGACCCGCCCUCGGCGCGCUCGAGGCCGCGGCGCAGCCGAGCGCCGACGUGAUCAGGAAGCCUAAAGAGAAGAAGCCGUACCGGGCCGCCAAGAGCCCGUACAGGCCGUACUGCUGCGUGCACCAGGGCUGCGUGGCCGCCUUCACCAUCCAGCACAACCUGAUCCUGCACUACCGGGCCGUGCACCAGUCCGCCCUGUCGGCGCUGGAGGUGAACAAAGAGCAGGAAGUGAGCGAAUGGCAGGACGAGGACUCCGCCGCCGACUCCGCGGAGGAGGAGGAGGAUCCCGAGGCGGCGUUCCCCCCCACCUCCGAGCUCAGGUGCCAAGUGAAAGACUGCUCUCGGGUUUUCCAGGAGGUGUCCAGCCUGCUGCAGCAUUACCUGCAGCUGCACGGCUUCAGCCUGGAGAAGGUCGGCAGCCUCUUGUCCGCCGUCAAGCUCGGCAAGUUCGCCUGCUGCCAGCGGGGCUGCGCGGCGUCCUUCACCGCCGCCUGGAAGUACAUCGCGCACGUCAAAGAGCAGCACAAGGACAUGAAGGUGGCCAAACCGGAGCUGUUCAACGGCGCGUUCAAGUGCGAGAUCGAAGGCUGCGACCGCACGUACGCCACAAAGUCCAACAUGCUCAGGCAUUUCAUGAAGAAGCACGAGGACCUCUACCGGAGCAAACUGAAGGGCCCGCCGAUAAAGGAAGAGAAGGUGAAAACCAACGCAAAGACGCUGCAUUACCAAAUCGCCAAGACCAGCAACGGGAAGGAAAACAUCGAGAGCAACAAGAAGAUCCUCCAGAAGGCCAGCGACAACCGGCGGGUGAGCAAGCUGCAGACCACCCUCUGGACCAAGUACGGGAAGCCCUCCCUGAAGUCGACGGUGGAGGCGUCGUCGCUGUGCACCAACGUGUUCCCCCUGCAGUACCCGUGCAUGAUCAAAGGCUGCGACUCGGUCAUGCGCUCGGAGCGCAGCGUCCUGAAGCACUACGUGGGCCACGGCCUGUCGGGGAAGUACCUGGAGCAGCAGAGGAGCCACUUCAUCUUCUGCAAGAAGUUCCCCCGCCAGAAGUGCCGCCCCGCCCGCAGCGACGACUCCAAGUCGGAGAACACCUCGGACGUGUCGGACGGCGAGCUGUCGGCCGGGCCCGGCCCGGAGGACGGGGUCGGCGCGGCGUACGGCUACUCCAAGCCCGUCCUGCGCAAGAGGGCCUCGGCGCGCUCCCCGGCCGCGCUGUUCGAGGCCAAGAUGUCCGCCGACGAGAGCUCCAACGGCUCCGUGGUCGUCAAGCGCAAGCGGGGCCGCCCGCGCAAAAUCGACGGGAAGUCGGCGAAGCGCAAGAAGAUCCCGCGCAGCACCAAGGUGGAGGUGGCGUACGGCCUGGCCGACGAGUCCGACUCCUCCUCCUCGUGCCCCGCCGGGAGCGCGCCGCUGGCCUCCUUCAAGCCCAUGGGGUUCGAGGUGUCCUUCCUGAAGUUCCUGGAGCAGUCGAACAAGUGCGAGCAGGCGAAGGCCGGCGUGCCGGAGGCGUGGCGGCGGGCGUGCGGCCUGAAGGACACCUGCGUCCGCUUCACCAACCGGCAGAACAUGAAGUCCCUGAGCAGGGUGAAGAUCGUGAUAGACGGGGCCUUCUCGGGGGUCACCGACCUCAUGUUGAGGCAGCUGCAGGACACGCGGCCCACCGUGGUCUUGUGAGCGCAGAGAAGAAGAAAAGACUGACUUUUUUUUUUUUUUUUCCCCAAAGUGGAACCUCAGGACCAGAAUGCGUAGAACUCUGCUGCAGACCGGUGCCCUACAUGUGAAAUGUUUUUAACACAUCCAGCUAUUUAAAAAAAAAAAAAACACAAAAAACCCUUUGAAUUAUACUGUAUGAUUUGUAGAUUUUUCUUUUUUUUUGAUGACGUAUUUAGCAUGUUAUUUAUGGACUUACAAAAGCGUCCUUGGACAUUGUUGAGAUGUUGGUGACUUUUUGGUGUCUUAAUAAUCCCUGUGGGACGUAGAGACGGAGACGGAGUGUGCCGUUGUGUAGUUUGUGAUUCAAAGAUGUUGAUUAUUGUGCGUUGCUUAUGUCACCCGCUGCCACCAGCAGACUUGAUAUUAAAUGAUCAGUUUUUUUACAAUCAGUUUGACAUAUUUUUCAUUUUUUGAUCGUUGUGAAUUUCUUUUGAGGGAAAAUCUUGAAUUAAAAAAAACAAAAACAAACGAGGCUCAAAGUCGCAGUCACAUGAUUUCUGAAAUUGAAACUGUUACUCUAAAUAAAAUGUUAUUUGCUUAUCUGAGCAAAGCCUGAAGUUAGAACACUUUAAUAUUAAACAUCAAUA